GUCGUCUGCACAGAGACCGUUCAGUCACCGUUGCGUGCUCGACGUGUAUAGUGAUCAACCGCGUAGAUCUACUGCCGUAACGGACUUUUCGCACGUGGACACCUGUAUUAUAGUGAUUGACCGCUGCCGGUUUACUAUUAUUGUUAUUACACUUAUAUAGUUAUUUGUUUUUUUUUUUUGGUUUUUUGAUUUUUUUUUUUUUUAAACUCCAACACCUAUUGUAUAUAGCACCGGUCAUCGGCUUCGUCGCAGAUUACCACAUGUGCUGCGAAUUACUUACAGCAGUAUUUGAAGUGUAAUGGGUGCGUGUGUCUUCAGAGAUGCACAAAUGGCUGCAAUUGCCGGCCAAUCCGACAGACGAUCCGCUGGCCACUGUUUAUCCAAUCAACCACUACAAGAAGUCUCAUGUCUACGCCGUUACUAGAAUAAAUCCGAUUUAUGUGGAUGACGAGCACGUACACCACAACAAAAAUGAGACGUGGAAGAACAAGAGUGGUAGUUCCGGGUACGACAGCCAACCGCACUCGGACCACUCAAGCUUGGACAAGGGUUCGCCACCGGCUACGAAGUGUCUGAGGAACGGUACGACGCCACCGUCGUCAGACGGAUCGUCGGGUAGUCCGGUACAAAGAACGUCGGCACCGUGGCUACUGUCGCCGAUCAAGGAGGGUGUCAUCGACGUGCAUCAGUACUGCAUACCGCGGCCGGUGUGGCCGGGUCACGCCGAUAGCGGCGUGCUCAGGUACUCCGCGGACUCGGACCGCAUACCACGGGUCAAGUGCUGUAAGCACUGCGCCAGAUGCCGGUGCCGUAGCAAUAGCACCAGCAGCAGCAGCACCAGUAGCACUAACAGUCGUGGUAAGACUGUGGGUGGUGGUGGUGGUGGAGGCGGUGGUGACAGCUUUUCCGGGUACUCGUCCGCGUUUGGCGGUGGCACCGUCAGCACCGGCAGCACGAGCACCACCUCCAGUGGUGGUGGUGACGCGGGAUUGUGUUCAGACGAUGUAAACCCGUCGCCAACCGGCAACGGUUCGAUCAUUUCCCAUCAGUCACCAUUGGCGUUGGACCCGCGUUUCGGCGACGGCGUUGGCGUCAACAAAGCUCUGGUGGACAACUGGAAUUCCGUCGACCUGAGGCUCAACCAAAAGACUGAUAAUCUACACUACGAUUGCGGAGCCAUGUUACGCGGACUGCAAUUCACGUUGGACACGCAGCAAGCCGAAAAGCUGAUGCAGAAGAUCAAAGUGGGGAAGAAGCAUAGGUGUUGGUGUCGCUUCGUCACGGCGUGCGUGGGUCUGAUCAUGUUCCUCGUGUCAAUGGUCACCGUGAGCCUCGCGCUUACCAGGGGACAAAAAAUGUUCGGCUCUCUCUGACGAUAUUGCGUUCAAACUCGCGUCUCUCAAAUAACGUAAUAACAAUAAUAAUAUUACUUAUGAUACACGUAAUGAUUAUUAUUAUUGUUACUGAAUCGUCAAAUUUAAAAUUAUAAUUAUUUAUUAAUACAUUAUCAUUGCUGUUAAUAAAUUCGCAUAUUGUAUGUGCCUACAUUAAAUCAUAUUAUUAUUGUAUGAACAUUUGUGUCAUUCCACAAACGUCUUGUGAAAAUAGCAUCAGUUGUAACUUGUAGUAUUGAUUAUCAUAAUCAAUGCUUGUAGUUAUAAUAUACCAUAGACAUAAUAUUAUAAUACAAUAGACUAUGUAUGACAGCUGUUUCAUGUGUAAUACAUUGAAGCCAACAUGUUGUGCGAGAGAGCCAGACAAUUUAAGGCUAUUAUCUAUAUUGCCUAUAAUAUGUCUAUGCUAAGUUAUAAUUCCUUGAUAAAUCCUCAAUUGUUCUUGGAUAAUUCCUUGGGUUUAUAUGGACAUGUUAGCUUCAAAUAUUUUGUAUCAUUCCUGGUCUAUUAUAUUAUAAUAUGUCUAUGUGAUAAACCCAUAAAAUCUAUAUUAUAAUUAUUUAUAUAUUAUACAUAUAAUCAUAUCACAGCAUCUCCUUUGUAUAAGUAAAUCCAAAAAAUAUAUUUAGUAUUUUAGUGUAAAAAAUAUAUCAUCUCCUAUUGUAUAAAUACCUAAGUUAUAAUGGGUCAUCAGUUAAAAUUUAUGAUUACUGAUGUGUUCAUUUUUUUAAAUAUUUAUUUGUCUAGACAUUUUAUAAUAUUUGCAUAUAGAACCUAUUUUUAAUUUUGUAAGCUUUCAAAUACAAGAAUACAGCAUUAAUAUAAUUUGUGAUUACUGAUUGUAAUAAUUUAUAGCCAUAUGGUAUUUGUAAUUUAUGCAUGCAGGUAUGCUCAUUAAAUACUAGAAUUAGGUAUUUACAAUUUAGGAAUGUUACUAGUAUUCAAUCAUAACGAAUUAUGAAUUCAGUAAUAUUUGUAUACACUAUAUGUUACACAUUUUUACAAUAAUUAUUAGCUUAUUGUUUAUAUUAUACUUAUUGAUUAGCUUAUACGAUAAUUUUAU